AAAAUAUUGGGGAACGAAUGAAAACCAAACUAAUUUGAUUGCUUUGAAACUACAAAUUGCAAUUCCAAUGAAGAUUGACGUCUGAAAAAAAAAUAUAUAUAUAAUAUUAAAAAUUAAUUAGACCCGUUUAAAAACGGGUUAACCGGAUAGAACCCAUAUCAGAAAGAAAUCUCCCCAUCUCUCCAAAUCUCCUCUCUGCCCCAACCCUAAUCACCGCCGCUGCCCACCCUUCACCGCCACCACCACCUCCAUUCCCUACCUUUCUCCAUCUCUCUCCACUAUACCCUCGGUAAGCAAAGAUUACUCAGCUCUACGCAGCCACCGGCAUUCAUCGACGGCGAGAUCUGAGAAACUAAGCAGGGCAUCGCCGUAUCGACAGCGAGAUCUGAGAACCCAAGCAUUCACCGACGGAGAGAUCUGAGAUCUGUAUUUUCAGCGAAACCGUAUCGACGACAACAUUUACCAAUAAGGGAGACGAUGUCAAGGUUCCGCAGAGGGUGAUUGGCUUCAAAGGGCCCGUUUGGGUUACUUCGGAAUUCGGCUCAUCAUUCAGUCGACACGUAGCAUAGCGAAUCUUUUGAAGAGAAUUGAAACCCAUUUCUUGAAAAGUUGCAACACAGAAAGAGCUUAUUCUUUUUCUUCGUCUGAGUCCAAAUACAAUCGGUGAUUUACAACCGAAGCAGGGAUUGUAUUGUCUGGCCUUAAACCCAUCAGAGAACGGAGAAAGGAAAUUUUAUUAUAUAGAAGAAUGGUUAAUUCUGAGCAGCCCAAGAGAAGAGUCGCAUUUGUUUUGAUUGAUGGGAUAGGUGAUGUUUCACUGCCAAGGUUUGGUUAUAAGACCCCUUUGCAAAUUGCAACAAUACCCAAUUUGGAUGCUAUUGCUUCUGCUGGUGUGAAUGGUCUCAUGGACCCUGUUGAAGUAGGCUUGGCUUGUGGAAGUGACACGGCCCACCUUUCUUUAUUGGGUUAUGAUCCAAGAAUAUAUUAUCGUGGUCGAGGUGCAUUUGAAUCAAUGGGUGCUGGAUUGGCUAUGUCACCUGGGGAUAUUGCUUUCAAAUCAAAUUUUGCAACCUUGAAUGAGAAAACUGGAAUAGUCACCAGUAGGCGGGCUGAUCGGCACUUUGAAGAAGAAGGGCCUAUUCUCUGUGCAGCAUUGGAUGGAAUGAAGUUGCCAUCUUUUCCUCAAUAUGAAGUCAGAGUCAGGUAUGCAACGGAGCAUAGGUGCGGAGUGGUUGUGAAAGGACCGAACUUAAGUGGAAAUAUAUCAGGAACUGACCCACUGAAGGACAACCGCUUACUUUUACAAGCUAAAGCUCUUGAUGAUACUGAUGAAGGAAAGCACACAGCUUCAGUUGUUAAUGAAUUAUCCAAGGAGAUAUCACGGAUUCUGAUUUCUCAUCCAUUGAAUGGAAAACGAGCAGCAGAAGGAAAGAAUGUUGCCAAUGUUGUCCUGUUACGAGGCUGUGGCAUUCGGAUUGAGGUUCCUUCAUUUGAAAAGAAACAUGGACUAUGGCCAUGCAUGGUAGCUCCAACAAAAAUUAUAGCUGGCCUGGGCUUAUCACUUGGUAUUGAUAUCCUAGAAGCUCCUGGAGCAACUGGAGACUAUAGAACACUAUUAACUUCCAAAGCAACUGCCAUCGCCAAGGCACUCGCAGCUCCUCUACAGCCUUGCUCCAAUGUUUUUGUACCAGGAGAGAAUGAGCACAAACAAGGUCGAUCUGAUGGCUAUGAUUUUGGGUUCCUUCACAUUAAGGCAAUAGAUGACGCUGGUCAUGAUAAAGCCAGCAUUUUCAAAGUCAAGGGGUUGGAAGCUGUUGAUCGAGCUAUAGGGCAGCUGGCAAAGCUCCUUUGGCAGGCAGAAUCAACCGGGAAUUAUCAAUACUACCUUUGUGUUACUGGAGACCACUCGACUCCAGUAGAAUAUGGUGACCACAGCUUUGAACCAGUUCCCUUUGCAUUGUGCCGAUUGAAAGACUUUGUGGGUGCUAUUGGUGGGGAGUCCAUAAUUUCAGAAACUUCCCUUGAUCCAUUCCCUCUUCCAACAGUCAGUGCUGACGAAGAUUCAGCAGAUGAUAUGGUGAUGGAAGAAGAAAAAAAAAGUAAACUGCUUCAAGCUUUCAGUGGUGAUUCAGUUUGUGAGUUAAAUGAGAUAGCGGCAGCAAGGGGCUGUCUUGGGCGUUUUCCCGGGGGUGAGAUGAUGGGAAUCAUAAAGACAUUUCUUAAACUUAGUUGGGAGUGAGGAGGUUGAUAUGGUCCCUAAUCAGUGCCAGAGGUAUCGGAAUAAGGCAUCUUUUAUCCGAAAAGAAACUAUGGUUGGACAUUGAAGCCAACAGUGUUCUGAAGUAAAUUUCACUUUUCUUAACUGACCAAGGUUAGCUGAUUUCCUAAAUUUUCCUCACAAAAUCCUAGGUGGCUCUAAUAAUGUUUUGCUACCGGUGAGAAGAAUAGAUAAUGUAUUGUUUAGAUAUUUAAGAUAUGUCAUUAUGCAGAAGAGCCUUGGUUGUCCUUCACGCUUGCUAAUAAGUAAUUUUGACCGUAUCUUUUUCAUUCUAAUAAAAGAAAAUGUUUCACUGGUUUGAUGUA